CGGCGCGGCUGCGUGUUGGGGGAAGAGGCGCUGCGGUCGCUGGCUGCGCUCCCGGGGCUUCGCUGCCGUCCAGGGGCGGGCGAUGGAGCUGGAGCUGGAGGCGUCGCUGGGGCUGGCGUCGCUGGGCGCUGCCUUCCUGCUUCUCGUCUACCUGCUGCUGGGGCGCCGACAGACUGGGGCGGCGAGGACCGCUUUCCAGCGCCGACAGCCCGGCCGGGGCCACAGAAGCGCGCGCCCCCCUGCAGACGCCUGGAGUCCCAGGCUGUCUGGUUUCCCGUUGCACCUUUUUGUCCACUUGGCCAACACUGCUUUUGGACAGCUUUUUUUGAUGCCACUUAUGAUAAGAAUCAACAACUUUACCAUUCUGCGUUACCUCGAUAUCUCUGAAGAUCCCACAUUCACCCCAGUGGUUGCUGCAGAAGGAAAAAUAGACUCUUCAGAGCCAAGACCCCUUUCUGAAAUGCUGCACAGGCUGUUGGAAGUGAGUUCCCAUUCUGCUAGCAGUACCUUCCGUUUCAGAGGAAUCAAGGAAUAUUUGAAUUGCUACCGGUCUGGGGAGGUAACACCCCUUCAGGUUGCCAAGAACAUCGUUGCUGCCCUAGAGGAUGCUGAGAAAUCAAGCCCCCGCUUCCGAGCGAUUGUUCAGUGGGAUCGGAAUGAGAUACUCCAGAUGGCGGAAGCCUCUACCGCUCGCUAUAGAGCCAAGCAGCCCCUGUCUCUUCUGGAUGGAAUCCCCGUCUGCGUGAAGGAGGAGAUUAAAGUGGUGCCAUAUCACCAUCGAAGUGGAACAGAAUACCUGGGCGCAAAGCCGGAGGUUGAGGAUGCCACCGUGACUAGGAAGCUGCGGGAGGCUGGUGCCGUUAUUAUUGGGGCAUCCAACAUGCAUGAACUGGGGACUGGGAUCACAGGCUGUAACCCAAACAGGUUCCACGGCACACCUAGGAAUCCCUACAAGCCCCAGCAUUUCACCGGUGGGAGCUCCAGUGGCUCUGCAGCAGCUGUGGCAGCAGGUCUUUGCCCAUUGGCUAUCGGCACAGAUGGGGGUGGCUCUGUGAGGAUCCCGGCUUCCUUCUGCGGGGUUGUGGGACUGAAAGGUACAUUCGGACGCAUCAGCGGCUCUGGCAGUCACCCACUCUCCUAUUCCACGGUUGGUCUGGGCCCUCUCUGUACUUCGGUGACGGAUGCGGCUGUGGCGUAUUCUGUCCUGGCUGGCCCGGAUCCCCACUAUCCAUACGGAUUAGGCCAGCCCAAAGCGUCGCUGUCUGGAAUCCUCAUCCCUGAUCUAAAAGGCCUGAAAUGUGGGGUCGACUGGACGUUUUUUAAGGCUUGCGAUGCAGAAAUCCUCACUGUCUGCCAGAAAGCUGUGGGUUUCCUGGAAAGUUUGGGAGCUUCAGUAGUCGACGUGUCCCUGCCGGAGGUGGAGGAGAUCCGCGUUGCGCACGUUGUCUGCAUCCUGAGCGAGAUGAGGGACUUCCUGCAGCCGGAUUUCAACAAUCACUUCCAGGAAAUGAAUCUGGAGACUCGCUUGAAUCUUGCACUUGCAUCUCAAUUCACAGCUCUGGAUUAUAUUAAGGCCAAUCGGCAACGCAGUCGCACCAUGGCUUUCUUGCGAGAAACUUUUGCAAACGUCCAUUGUCUCCUUACCCCAGGUACGGCAUGUCCAGCCCCAAGAAUUCAGGACUCUGAUCUCCGGACUGGAUGUAAUGAUGUUCGGACUACUCUACGUGCCAUGAGAUUUGUGCAGCUGGCCAACUUCACGGGCAUUCCGGCGCUGGUGGUUCCGGUGGGAUACACUGCUUCAGGGCUUCCCAUCAGCCUUCAGAUCAUGGCCAAGUGGUGGGACGAAGCUCUGUUGUUCCGGGUUGGCCUGAAGUUGGAGCAGUUUCGUGACGUGACAGCAAAACCCGCCAUUUAUUAUGACGUACUUGGGUGAUGGGGUUGGCGCCAGGAUUUCCAGCGGGGUGGUGUUUUAUGAGGGUUUUUUUGGGGGGGGAGGGGGAGAGAGCUGGCUUAUUUUAUUUUAUUUAAUUCAAUUUAUAUCCCGCCCUCCCUGCUGAGGCAGGCUCAGGGCAGCUCACAUGGUCAUGCAUAUGCAUGAAUAUAAAUAUACAAUAAAACAUUGAAAAUAAGACCAAUUUAAAAGAUAGGAAUUGACAUUUCAGGUGCUAUAAUCUUGUGUGUUGUCUUGCUAUUCCAGCUAGGUGUUCACCGAAAAGCAGCUCUUAAUGGUGCAGAUUGUUCUAUAUGGUGCAGAUUGCAAGAGGUGGUCCAGAUAUUUUUGGGAGACCGUAGUAGCCAGUGCUCUAACUUGCAAACGCCUGGUUGGAAGGGUGUCGUCUUACAGGCCCUGCGGAGCUGUGCGAGCUCUCACAGGGCCCUGACCACCUGGUCUGGCAGUGAGCUGAAAUGGUCCCCCUUUCCACAAAAAUGAGCAAGAAUUUAUUUAUGAUAUUUUUCUUACCUUUGAUGGACCACUUGGUUACUUAGGGGCAAACGAAAUUUUCACUUGGUUGUCGGGUUCUGAACAUUUUUGGCAAUUUAGCAGCAACAGUGUUUCUCGCACAGGGGGAGGUGGAACUCCAUAAAAGGAUUCUGCUUCUUGUUUGGUUUCAUUGGACUGUAGUUGGCUGUACCACCAGACAGACAACACUGCUGUAUUCUUUGCAACAAAAUGGAUAUAUUUAAAAAAUAUAUUGCAGUUACGGUU